UGCCUUCCAAAAAGCAUUGGUAUUUUCCCUAACUAAGAGCUUCGGAAAGAUUCCUUUUGAAUGGUUGCAUCAUGGAAGCCAGCAGUCAAUCCAGCAGUCAGCAAAUUCUGUGGAAAGAUGUUGAGGCUGCAAAACAGAAGAAGCCCAAGUAUCACCCCUGCCAGUGGGUGGUUCUUAUCCUGGCUCUGGUCGUCCUGAUUUUGGCCGUCUGUGUUUUCAGUCUGAGAUAUUUGUGGGGCCCGAGUCUGGGGAAGGUGUAUGACCAUCAGUACAAAGCUGUUGUGGACGGUGUGGAGACAGACAGCCUGAUGCAGAUCGACCCCAUCGGCCAUGUUGAGAUCUUCAGGAUGGGAAACGGGAGUCAGGAGGUUGUCGAGGUUCAUGACUUUAAGAAUGGGAUCACUGGCAUCCGGUUUGCCGAACAUCAGAGGUGUUACAUCAGGACCCAAACGAAGAAGCUACCCGUCGUGCCAGAGGUGGAGAMGGAGGACAGAGAGUUGCCGGUCCAUGAGUCCGACGCAGUGGACAUGAAAGUGGAGGACACCCAGGUGUGGGUUCCUGUCGAGGAGCCCAUCGUUAACCCAGACUUCCUGCUUGACUCCAAAAUCUGGGAGAUUUGCCAGCAGCUGCCUAUCCACUGGAUCCAUCCCUCCCCCACGACUGAUGCUGAGGGUCAGGGUGAGGAGGACACACCUGACGCAGAGGUCCCAGGUCAGCGUUUCACCCGGGAUGUCCUGGAUCACGUUCCUGUAAAUGACUAUAGGGACGUUGGAAUCGAGCUGGAUCACUACUUGGACGACCGCGGCUUCUGCUGCCAGCACUGUCGCCGUGGUUACCGCUACUGUCGACGCUACCACGAGCCCCUGGGCGGAUUCAACCCCUGGCCGUACUACUACCAAGGAGGCCGGGUCAUUUGUCAGAUCGUGAUGCCGUGCAACUGGUGGAUCGCUCGCAUGCUGGGGAGGAUCUGACGUGGGAGCUGUUUGAGGUUUAGAUUGUUUUUUUUUCCGUGUCUGUGGGUGAAAACUCGCUCUGAUAAAUAUUCCAGAUGACUUUUUGAGACCAAAGCAGGCUUUUGUAGUUUGUUCUUUUUCAUCAAACACGAGUCAGUCUAAGCAGGAUUGAUUGAUUCUCUCCUAAAAGGCAUUGCCUCGUCAGUAGUGGUCACAUUUUCACCCUUUUAAUUUCCUAURAGAGGCUGAUUAAUCACAGCAUUUUAGCUCUAAAGAUAUCACAAGGAACUAAUCAGUUUAAAGUAUAUUUUAGCAGUCUUUUUUCUUUUUUGUUAUUAUUGUUGUGCUUUUAUUUGUACUCUACUAAGACUUUAAUUCUCUGAAUGUUAGCGUUCAACUAGACUAUUGUCGGCAUGUUAGCAGCAGUAGAUAAACUGUGAGGCAAUAAAUCAAUCUUUUCAUUUGAUCUGAAGUGUUUUUUAAGAUGCACUCAUAAAUAAAGACCAGGUAAUCAAACCCCGUCCUCCACAAUUUAAAAAUAAUGCUGAAUGAUUGAUCUAAAAGACAGAUKAAAAAAUCUAAUUUUUUCUAUGAGAACAGGAGUGCAAUCUAAUGACACAGUUCAGUUGCAAUUUUUGAAGCUUAAAAAGUUGGUGAUUGUGAUUUAUUGCUCUGCAUUUUUCUCUGAAUUCAUCCUAUUGUCUUAUCCAAUAAACAAUACCUUUAAGAAA